AAUAAAGGAAGUUCUUGUUCCAUUCAUCGUGACGACUGGAGUCUGACUCCCUUCCUUAGACAUCACAUUGGCAACGAGGAUGUCGUAAAAGUACCCUGCGCACCAUCCGCGCCUGUCCCAACAUGAGUGUCCCCGGGCUCGCUCCGCCGCCGUUCUUCCUUGCGACGCCCAGCCGGCCGCCACUACCAUGGGAGCAGUGGGAGCAGAUGUUCAACGUCUACCUGGUGGCGUCCGGGGCCGCCGAGUUCACGCCAGCACGACGCAAGGCUAUCCUUUUGCAUUGUUUGGGGCCGGAGGGCCAGCGUAUUUAUCAGACCUUACCUGCAGGGUCGACCGCCGCAGCACCACCAGUGCCAAGCGCCGCAGCGCUCGCCGUUAAGGACGGGGAUAAGUCUGCCGCAGCCACUUCUGACGAAUACGACACUGCACUCGUGGCAUUACGGCACCACUUUUCGACGUCCUGCAACGUUGUCGUCAAGCGUCAUCGUUUUCGCCGCCGCCGUCAACACUCAGGCGAGUCCGUUCAUGACUUUGUUGCCGCCCUACGGGAGCUAGCGUCACACUGUUCGUUCGUUUUUCAGGAUGAUGCUCUGUGGGAUCAAACUGUUGCCGGCAUAGCUUCCAACCGCGUACAUGAACGGUUAUUGCUUAAGGGCCCCUCACUUUCGUUCGAAGGCUCGGUGCGAAUUGCACUCCAGUUUGAGCAAGCAGCUGAAGAGCUAAAGGAAUUUUCUCCUUCGGUCGACAAAGUUUCAAUGCAGCGUCGUCGUAAGAAACCAUUGCAUUCAUCGCAAAAGAGCAAUUCACAGCCGGCAGCCCACUUUCAGCAGAAGCUAACGAAAAGCGCCAGCGGCUCACGUGCGCCGCAGGGGCACCGCCCCCCUGAACGGAACCGAGAACACAGUAGGCGCUCCGCGUCGCCGCACUGCUUCCGAUGCGGCUCGCGGGAUCAUUUCGCAUCAGAUAUGCAGUGCCCAGCGCAUGGGAAAAGUUGUUUGUUUUGCGGUCGCAAGGGCCACUUUCAAAAUGUAUCCAACCGCAAACGAGCUCAAGUGCAAGGCACGGUCCGCGAAGUAGAAUGUGACGACGAUGUAUCGUCGUGUAGCAGUACUGAGCAAGUGUUGACUGUGGAACGUUCCGCUCGUAAGGGAAUUCAUAGAGAAGUGCUGGUUGCGAACGUCAGGCUUACACAUCUUGUUGAUUCAGGGUCAUCUGUUUCAAUUUUGUCAGAGCAGGCACUUCGUCGACAUUUUCAGAGCAUUUCGCUUCUGCCUGCCCCGCACGUCACAUUGUUUGACUAUUCCCAACGUCCCAUUUGCGUGCUAGGUUGUUUCACGGCAGAUGUACAGUUCAAAGGGCGCACCGCGUCACUCUGUUUUUAUGUUGUUCGCCGAGGAACUUGUCUUAUCGGCCUUGACGGCAUUAAAGCCUUAAGUCUUCGCAUUGAGGGUUCUACUCGCAAGUGCUUACAUACGACUACGUCUGUUGCUCCGUCGACAUGUGUCAAUGACACGGUACCUCGUUCCACUUCCGUUCCACUUGCCAACAUUUCCGCACUGUCCAACGCGCAACCCGGUCCAGAAAAUCUUCCGCCAGCCUUGGCAAGCGAGUUCGCUUCACUUUUCAGUUCCAACUUGGGCCUUGCUAAGGGGUUCACGCAUCGCGUUAAGACGCGUCAGGGCGUGCAGCCUGUAACUUCCAAACUUCGCCGUCUGCCAUAUUCUCUCCGUGCGCCAGUGUCAAAUGAGCUUCAAAGGUUACUAAGCCUUGACAUCAUCGAGCGCAUCGAUGCUUCCGAAUGGGUGUCCCCCAUUGUCGUUGUUGACAAGAAAGAUGGCAGCAUCAGGAUCUGCGUAGAUCUCCGAGAACCGAAUAAGGCUAUUGUUCCAGAUAGUUUCCCGUUGCCUCACACAGAAGAGCUUCUCCAUGCUUUGGUAGGCGCUACACAUUUCUCAAAACUCGACUUGGCUUCCGCUUACCAUCAGGUUCUCUUGCACCCUGACAGCAGGGACCUAACAGCCUUCAUCACUCACGAUGGACUUUUUUGAUUCAAGAGAGUAUGCUUUGGAUUAGCUUCUGCCCCAGCGGCAUUUCAGAAGAUGAUGGCAGUAAUCCUUGACCGUUGCCCUGGUGUGUUGUUCUACAUUGACGAUGUGAUCGUCUUUGGCAAGACUGCGGAAGAACACCUCUUGAACCUGAAAACAGCCCUGCAGAAGAUCAAGGAUGCAGGCUUGAAACUGAACAACAAAUGCGUCUUUGAUGUUCCAGAGCUCGCAUUUC